GCAGCGACAGCUGGACCAGGGCCGCGGCAGCCAGGCCACGGCACCGAGGCGGGCGUGCACGCCGCAGGUCUCCAGCCUUCCCUCCUGGACUGCCUGGCGCACGCCGGCUUGGCCUUCGAGCUGUUGCGCCUCAUGGGGCCGAGGGCCGCGUGCCGCGCGGCCGGCAGCUGCGCCGCGGCGGCCGCGCUGGCGCGGGACCCGUGGCCGCGGCGGACGUGGCCGGGCCCUGCUGGAGCUGGUCUCGUCGGCGCACUCGCCCGAGGACGUCUACUACCUGCUGGAGGGCCCGGGCGCCGCGGACGCGCUGCGCGAGCGCGAGGCCGUGCACGGGCGCACGGCGCUCAUGCAGGCCACGUACCACGGCGCGCGGCCGGGCACCGUGGCCCUGCUUCUGCAGCGGCGGGCCGACCCGAACGCCCGCGCGCUCUUCGGGAGCACCGCGCUGCUGUCCGCCUGCUACAUCCCCGGGGGAUGGCGCUGA